CGAGCGGUCAGUUUGUAUGCUAUGGAUUGCGCCUAGGUAGGGAAUGAUGACGUAUUUGGGCUUGAGCCGCAGUAAGCGUGUAGUUUAGCAGCUGUUGCUACUCCUGAGAUUAACACGAAAUUGGUUCAUUAAAUGGUUUUGAUACACGGAUUUGUAUCUGUUACAGGAUCAUGUAAUUUGAGAUUAUAAACUCUAUGAAAAGAAAGAGCGAGACUACAAAACUGUGUAAACUUCACUGCUGUUAGCUAGCGAGGAAGUGUGUAUCACAGCGUAACGUUUCAGACGUCUAUCGAUGGGGAGGAGACGAGCCAAAGACAGAGGCAGGAGUCCUAAAGAGGACAGCUCUGUAGAUCUGACGGGUGUGACGUGUGUGCACAUCCGUAAAGGAACAGACCCGAGCUGGCUGAGGAAGACGAGCCUGGACAAGAGCUGGGCCACAUGCGAGGUGUGUGAGGUGGAGGAAGAGACCGAGACCGAGACCGAGACUGAGAACGAAGACGGACGAGACGCGCCUGCGAUAUGGAUGUGUCUCAAAUGCGGACACAGACAAAAAUCCCAAAAUUCCUGGAUGCGCUUGGUGUAUUGGAAGAACAGAGUGAAAUUCCUGACACCUAAUGAAUCAUCCAGGAAUGAAUCAAGUAGGAAUGAAUCAUCCAGGAAAGAAUCAUGUAGGAAUGAAUCAUCCAGGAAUGAAUCAAGUAGGAAUGAAUCAUCCAGGAAUGAAUCAUCCAGGAAAGAAUCAUGUAGGAAUGAAUCAUCCAGGAAUGAAUCAAAUAGGAAUGAAUCAAGUAGGAAUGAGUCAUCCAGGAAUGAAUCAUCCAGGAAAGAAUCAUGUAGGAAUGAGUCAUCCAGGAAUGAAUCCUCACUUAUUGGUUGUGGGAGGUUCUCGGAGAACCAACACGCCAUUAAACACUAUGAGACGCCGCGUUCAGAUCCGCACUGCCUGGUGCUCAGCCUGGACAACUGGAGUGUGUGGUGUUACAUCUGCAAUGACGAUAUCCACUACUCCAGCACGGGACAGCUGGCUCAGCUCAUCUCCAACAUCAAGAAACAAAUGCUGGGCGAAUCCAGACACAAAGCCGCCACGAGGAGCACUUCUCUCAAAGAAGAAGCGAAGGAAGAGAAGAACACUUCAAGUGACACCGUGCAGGAAAACGAGGUUGAAAAAGAGCAGGAAAAGAAAGAAGAGCAGAAAGAAAACAAGAAGUGCGUGAAGCAAAACGGCCAAGAAACACAAUCCAGCACCGUGCCUGUGCGAGGCCUCAGCAACCUCGGCAAUACGUGUUUCUUCAAUGCUGUGCUGCAGAAUCUAUCGCAGACUUGGCUGCUGCGUCAACUCCUCAGUGAUUUCAGGGACGAAGAAAAGAGUGUGUUGAUCACACCAUCGUCAUCCUCCGAUCUAGAUCCUUUGCAGGUGCGGUUGCCGAGACCCGGCUCUCUCACGCUGGCCAUGUGUCAGCUCCUCAAUGAAAUCCAGCAGACCAAAAAAGGCGUGGUGACGCCGCGCGAGCUCUUCACACAAGUGUGUAAAAAGGCAGCAAGAUUUAAAGGCUUCCAGCAGCAGGACAGUCAGGAGCUCCUGCGCUACCUGCUGGACGGAAUGAGAGCCGAGGAGAGCGUUAGAGUAACUGCUGGAAUCUUGAAUGCGCUGAAAAGUUCGGGCAAAACCUCCGAGCCAGAGCAAAAGAAAUUAGUAAAAGAAUAUGAGAGCAACGGCGGGACGAAGAGUUUUGUGGAUCGUGUGUUUGGCGGAGAGUUGACCAGCACUGUGAUGUGUACGGAGUGUAAGACAGUUUCCGUGGUUACCGAAGUGUUUCUCGACCUCUCGCUACCUGUGGCUGAUGAGGCUUACAGGAAAAAGAAGGGUGGCGGUCAGCAGAAGAAGAGCGAAAGCUUGGAAAGUGGGCGGAGUGUCGAGACUCCGCUGACCAAUGGGAAUGAAGAUAUGCCGACGGGCACAGGAAGCAAGUACCAGCAAAAGAAAGCCAAGAAGCAGGCGAAGAAACAGGCUAAGACCCAGCGGCGUCAGCAAAAGCAAGGUGCAAAGCUCACGCUGGAUUUACUGACCAAUCAGUGCGAAGACACUUCUCCAGAAGCCCCGCCUCCGAGCACGAACGGACAGCCGGAAGCUGAAACUGAACGUUUAGCAGACGAGCUCAUUAGCCAAUCAGAGCCUGCGGAACAGAAUCAGGAGGUGCCUGCUGAUGAAGAGGUAGAGGACGAUGAAGAAGUGAGCGAAGCACAAAACUCCGCCUCUAAUAGAUUCAUCAGCCUAUCAGAAGAGGGAACAGAAAAACAGGAAGUGGAAGAGGAAGAUGAGCGCGAAGAGGCGGAGCUAAUUAAGAGCGUGAGAGCGCUGUCGGUCUCCGAGGAUCAGCAGAGCAAAGAGGUGGAGCCCGAGGUGGAAUCGGGGGCGGAGUCAGAGCUGGAGUUUGGGGCGGAGCCAGGGUUCGUGGUGGUGAAUGCGGACCCGAAGGCUGCGUUCUCAACUCUGUCCAGCAGGGCGGCGCUGAACACCUCGGAGAGCUCAGUGGAGUCGAGCCUCCAUCAGUUCACACAGGUGGAGCAGCUGACACACACCAACAGCCUGCUGUGUGUGACCUGCAGCCGGAGAGCCGCACACGGCGGUAAGAAGAAGGUAUACACAGAGGCGAUGAAGCAGAUGCUGAUCUCAUCCCCUCCUCCUGUACUCACUCUGCACCUGAAGAGGUUCCAGCAGGUGGGCUACAGUGUGUGUAAAGUCAACAGACAUGUACAGUUUCCUCAGGUGCUGGAUCUCGGCCCGUUCUGCUCUGCCAAAUGCAAGGGGGUGGAGGAAGGACAGACGCAGCUCCUCUACUCCCUGUACGGCAUCGUGGAGCACAGCGGCACCAUGCGCUCGGGUCACUACACAGCAUUCGUUAAAGCCCGACCUCACACACACACUAGCAGCGGUUUGCUAAACGGAGCGGCAGGUGACGAGACGCCCCCUAAAGGCUCGUGGUUCCACAUCAGCGACAGCAGCGUGCAGCCCGUCACAGAGGCCCGAGUGCAGACUUCCCAAGCCUACCUGCUCUUCUACGAGAGGAUCUCUUAACUCCAGCACGUCCACGCUCUCAUGAAGCACUACAUCAGCGAGGAAGGACGAGACGAGACCGUUCUUACAGAACUGCUGCUUUCUAACCGGUCGAACGAUUUGUGUUUCGAAUCAUAGCUGACAACGAUGAACUGGAAUUCACGUAGCUGUGCUGAAGAAUAAAGGGUUGAAAAAAGGCGGCUUUCUGUGGAGUUCGUUUCCUGUCAAAGCGAAUUUUACAUGAAUGUAACACAGAAAUUACAAAUUCACGUUUGGUUUUGUAAACCAGUAACUAAGCACGCUCCAAAUGUGAGUUAUUAUUCACUCUGCUGUAUGUUUUUUUUUUUUUUUUUUUAAACUGCAUAAUAGCAUAAUUAGUUUACACAUGUAGUUUUAACAGCUGGAAAUUUCCUCUGGUUCUUCCUCAUUUUGAACAUAAAUAAUGAAAGUUACACAAAUCUGAUCAUGAGUUUGCGAUUUAAAAAAAUUAUGAUAGUAUUAUUGUGUUACAUCCAAUUCCUUUUGACAGGGAAUUCUGUAUAACUCCGGGUUUUUCCGUAUCUGACAGUAUCACGCAGCAAUAGUGUGCAAUGAGCUAAAAAAAAAAAGAGAGAGAGUUAGUUCUAAUGUUACGCAGGAAAACCUGACUUGCCUAAAUAUAGUCAUUUUUUUUUUUACAGAAUAUUUAAUUUCAUGCAAUUUGAUAUGACAAAAAUAAUUGAUCAAUAAACAGAAGAUUUAA